AUGGGAUCUGUUCGAAGGCCUGUGCAACAAUUUGGAGAGAGCCACAAGCCAUGCAGAGUUCGUAGUGCACGAGUGGCAGCAAAUCAAAGGUGCAUUUCAGGGCGCUUUUCCCUAGUUCAGAGUCGUGGCUACGUACAAAUACCCUUCCACAAAGGCUUCCUCCGGCUGCAGUAUUUCGCUGCUCUCGGUGUGCGCAGGGUCUGCUUCAUUUCACGAGCUUCUGGCUCGGCCUGUCGCUCGCACUCUCCCCGUGGAUUUACUGUACUGGCUGCGGCAGCUGGACCCCAGCGAUGGCUCAGCGAGCGGAAUUUCAACUCCAGGAGGCUCCCAAGAGGGCCUCGACCCCAGCAAGAGGGGGCCCUUCCCCCUAUUCGCUUGCGUACGGCUUGCCGCUCGCCUCGUGAGGUGUGCAGGGGCCCUCUCCGUUUCAGGGGCCUCGGAAGGAAGAGGCAGCAACUGCAGCAUCAGGCAGCAACACUCCAGAGGAGGAUUGCCGAGCUGACUGAAGACCUCAAAGACUCUCAACAGCGCAUUGAAGACCAGCGGGAGGCCGAGAAGGAAAGGGUCAAACUGGCGGAGUCAGAGGAGAGCGUAAGGCUGAAAGGCCAGCUAGGGAGCGCAACAGAACAGCUGGAAACCGUGAGGCAGCUUUAUGAGUCCCUCCUAGAACAGUAUGAGAAGCGGCAUGCCGCAGCGGCACCACAGGCGUCCGAAGAGCUAGCUGGGGAAAACCGAGAUCUGUUAUUGCAGAUACGCUCCUGGCAGGCCUCUCAUGCUGCCAUCUCUCGCAGUCUUCAAGAAGCUCUUGGAGAGCUCGCAGACCUCCGAGCCGACGCAGCAAGGGCCCAAACAUUAGAAAAAGAGCUCGAGGCUGCAAAGCGCGAGGCGGUCAGAGUAGAGGAAAUACGGGAGAUCCAAAGCAUCUCAGAGGUUGAACUGAUAAGAGCACAUUCAGAGAGAGAUGCGAUGGAACAAGAGCUAAAAGAAGCGAAAACUGCAGUGGAUAAGUAUGCUAAGGCCCUUAAACGCUUGCAGACAGAAUGCGACGCGACGGUCGUUCGGCUGAGAGAGGAACUGGCCUUAGUACAAAAAGAACUCAGAGCGAUGAAAAGUGGAGUCGAAAUGAGCGAGGCUCUCAAGGGGGAGAUGCAGGACUUGGAGAGGCAACUUGCAACGGCAGCGCAAGAGAGAGACGAAGCAAUCGUUAAAGCAGAGAAAUAUGUAUCAGACAACCGGGCACUCUCGGAUGGGAUGCAGAAGCUGUUGCAACGGCUGCAUGCGCAAGUAGAGGAGCAAGAAUUUUUCAUAGAUAAACGGAUUGUAGCACAGAUGAUCACCAAACAUCAGGAGAUGCACGGCCAGAUAAAGCGUCGAGAUGAAAUAUUCCUACUAAUUUUGGACGUUUUAGGGUUUUCUGAAGACGAUAGGGAGAAGCUAGGACUCCCCAGAAAACAGCAGGAUAAGGGGAAGGUGGAAAAUAUUGCCCGCGGUGAAAGAGUUGACUCGCGAGGCCCAAGUGCACAAUCUGCAGAAACAUCCGGGCACCUGCGUUUUUCAUUACAAAAAAAAUGA